AUGGGAUUUAUUUUUUCUUUUCUUUUUUUCAUCUUUUUUUCAAUAAAAUUCUCCAUCGUUUCGUUUUUCUUCUUCUUCUUCUUCUUCUUCUUCUUCUUCUUCAUUUACUACUUCUCCAUCGUUUCGUUCUUCAUUUUCUUCUUCUUCUUCUUCUUCUUCUUCAUUUACUACUUCUCCAUCGUUUCGUUCUUCUUCUUCUUCUUCUUCUUCUUCUUCUUCUUCUUCUUCUUUACUUUUUCUCUUUCUUUCGUUUUUUCCUGUUUUUCAUCUUCUUUUUUCUCUCCAUCCUUUUCUCUUUUCAUUUUUCUAUUUUCCUACUUCUUAUUCCACAAUGAGUUCGUCGUCCUCCUCUUCCUCCUUCUCCUUUUCCUCCUCAUUUUUCUCUUCUUCCUCCUCCUACUCCUCCUCCUCAUCCUCCUCCUCCUCCUCCUCCUCUUCUUUUCUAUUCGUUUCUUUUUUUUCUUCCCCUUAUCUAUUCUUUCGAUCCAAUUUCUGACUAAACCCAUUGUUCAUCUCAUCUUUCUUUUCCGGCAACUACGUCUUCCCUGUCACCCACCUCACACGCUAUCCCGAUUCCAGAAUUCUUCUUCCGCAAACCUAUCCCCUCUUCACUAUACCCGCCAUCCAUCUUUCAUUCUUCUACUUUCCUUACCACCAGCCCUACCCUCAUCGGUCCCAUUUUCCCGCCAGAUGACCCAGAGUCCCAUUCCAAGGCUGUUUUGGGUUGAAAACAACAUGAGAGAGACUUCACAGUCAUUGCAAAACGUCGCAGAUUUCCCUUAG